AAUCCGUUGCUUCUCCACGGGGCUCAUUCUGGCUUCUCUCAAAGGGUUAAAGGAAAUUCAGACUGCUUCAGUCUGGACUGACACGGAUUCAAAACUAAUUUUUGCAGAACAUUGAGCAUAGUUAUGAACAGGGAAAGGAGCGGAAUCAUGGUUUCAUCCCAAGAGGAAAUUUCAGGGCUCAGAGCCUCCAUCUCGUCUCUACUGACGAUGAAGAAGCUGCCCAUUGACAGCUCUGAAUGGGGAAGUUAUUUUGAUGAGAGUGGACAUCUUCUGAAAUCACAAGAGUACAUCUCAUCCCAGAUCCUGGAGAGGGGGCUGGAUCCCUCUGUGAGAUCGGAAGCAUGGAAGUUUCUCACAGGCUACUACUCCUGGAGGAGCUCUUCUGAUGAGAGACUCACAAUUGACAGCAUGAGAAGGAAAAAUUACGAGUCCUUGUGCAACAUGUGCGACAGGAUCCAGCCGCUUCUGGAGACAGAACACAGAGAAUUCAUAGAGGUCCGGAAUUUCAUCAAGUCUGAUGUUCAGAGGCUUUACAUCAAAGAUGCCCAGGGCAACACCAUCGUAGACAAGAACCAACUGGAAAAGAUCCUUCUGUUGAACUAUGUGUGCAAUGUGGAGGCUGAAUACCAGCAGGGCUUUCACGAGAUGCUUUUGCUCUUCCGGCUGCUUGUGGAAAAGGAGCAUGAGAUCUACUGGCUAUUCCAGUUCUUUCUACAAAAAACUGAGAACAGCUGCAUCAUGAACAUUGGGGUGGAGAAGAACCUGAUCAUGCUAAGAGCUUUGGUUUCAUUUAUGGAUCCUGUCUUUUCGAAGCACCUGGAACAGAAAGGCCGAGUGGUGCAGUCCUUGUUCCCCUGGUUCUGCCUCUUCUUCCAGCGUGUCUUCAAGUCCUUUGACGAUGUUUGGAGAUUGUGGGAAGUCUUCCUAACCGGACUGCCCUGUAAAAACUUCCAAGUGGUUGUAGCCUACACAAUGCUGCAGAUGGUGAGAGACCAAAUCCUCAGAGAAGACAUGAGUGGAGAUGACAUUUUAAUGCUCUGCAAUAACAUCAUAGAUCUGGAAGCUAAUGACUUGAUCAGCAAAGCGUCUAGCACAUAUGAGCAGCUCCUGAAUCUUAAAGACAAGGUCCCAAAGGAAUUCAAAGAGUUCUUCGGACUGCCACAGCAAUAAAGAGGCCAUGUUAUAGGUUCAAUACC